AUGAAGUGUGCUAACUGGAAAGAUGGAGGCAAGAUCUGCCCUUCAGAGGGCAAAUUCGCUUGUAAUGCCUGCAAGUUAGUCGCGUACUGCGGCCGCGACUGUCAGAGGGAGCAUUGGACUGAACACAAGAAACAAUGCAAAUCAUCUUUGAGAAAUGAGAAUUGGACUCCGGCUUGGGAUCUGGAACAGCGGACGCCUCAAUGGGCUUCCGAACGGGCAGCAUUCAAUAUGCACAAUCCGUUCGGGGAGGGAAAGCAUCUUUGGGGCAACACACCUGCGAUGGAUGUGCUUCGACUACAUGACAACGAAGGCCAGGGCCAUGACAAGCAUCUAUCGAUAUUGUUCGCAGCAUCCGGUGACCUGAGAAACGUAAUAAAGACUGUUCAAAACUACGACGGAGACCUUCACAUCACCAUGGCUAUCAACGACAAGGACUCGGACAUUAUGAUAAGAAAUGCCAUCCUACUACUUCUGGUGUUAGCUUCUCUUGACGAAGAAUCUGAGAAAAUUGAUAUCGAAGGGUUGGCCGAGGCCAUGAUGCAUGUUUGGUACUCUGCCAUGCUCACCAAGGAUACUCUAUCUCUCUUGCAAUCGAAGGUAAAGCCACUCAUCAGCAAAGUAUGCCAGAAAAUCUCUUCAAAGACGUCAGGUCUUUAUCUGGGACAGCUGUGGCACUUUAAAUCGAAGUGUAGUCUUCGUCUGACUCUAAGAGAGAAGGACUGGAUCCGAGCUCUAACGUUCCUCGAGGUGCCCAAAGACUUGACGGCAGAAAAAGCACGAGAGAUGCGACAUGCUAUCGUGUUGGCGCCGGAGAGGAAGGAUUAUCGAGAAAGAUGGUACUUCAAGGAUGCCUCUCCCUCCAUGAGAAUCGCGAAGCAGAGAUUCCGAGAGGAUGGCCUGUUGCUCCCUUUCGGGUAUCCGCGUGUUGGUUUCGACUAUCCCAACCCAACAAUAUUCCAGGCAGCUCAUAACUGGCCGCUAGAUGACCAAGCAAACCCGCUAGGUAGUUGGCCUAUCGGAGAGGUCAGAUCGACACCAUGUCAAGCCUCCGAGGACGUAUACGGUAGAUUAUACUUCUAUCUCCGCAACGUACUAAGCGCUUUCAUCCGGAAAGUCGCUGCUGGAAAAAUAUACUUCGAGCUGACCGACAACGAUGCUAAAGAACUACGAAAUCUACGCCACGAGAAAUACGACAGAAUCGAAGCAUCCAAUAUUUCGGACAUGUGUUGGCUCGGGACACCAGAGACUUUAGGGUCACUAGCACCAUUACUCAAGCCUCCACAAGUGAACCCUCACGCCACCCUCAUAACCGUGUAUCUAAACGCAGUCAUGGAAAUGUCUAAGAUGGACGAGGUAAAGGGCAAUCAAAUGACCGACUACGUGGAAGACGUUCAGCCGUAUUUAAAAGAAAGAGUACAGAUCCCUCGGCUCCUCAGAAACCCCCAAGGCGCCGAAGUAAUUCGCCUUUGGGAUGCCCGAGCCCUCGUUAUGGACGCGACGGAGUACUUCCGCAAAUACAUGGAAAAACUAGAUUUUCCGCAGAUCGCACAAUGGCUAGGUGUUGCUAUGAAAGAGGAGAAUACUAUCGGAGAUCCGUGGCCUACGGCUCUCAAGCUUGCCGCAGGAGAACCUGGCGCGGUGGAAGAGUUUGGCGCGGUUCUAGCUUCGACCUACACGGGAGUUGAGCGAUAUGUUGAGUGGAAGAGAGUGAGAUAG